UAACCUAAAACUUUUGACAUUUCCAUUCGAACAAAAGUCUUGCAAAAUCAAAAUCAUUAAAUACAAAAUAAAAACUUUUAAACUACAAAAUGCCAGUGUCUGUAAUUAAAUCCGAAGAUGACUACAAAAAGUUGAUGAGUGCCGAAAAGACUUCCGCAGUUCUAUUCUCCGCCGAAUGGGCUGAACAAUGCCAACAAGUGUCUGAUGUCAUGGAAGACCUGAGUAAAUUACUACACGAUAAGUUGGAAUUUGUUGUGAUAACUGCCGAAGAUUAUCCCGAUAUCGCCAUGAAACACCAGAUUGAAGCUGUGCCAACUGUGAUAUUUUUCGCUAAAGGUACCGCUGUAGAUCGUGUGGAUGGCGUUGAUAUAGCAUCGCUGACAGCAAAGUGUAAAGAAUUGGGUGCAGCUGCUACUAGUGAGCAACCUUUAGAAGAACGUUUGAAGGCCCUUGUAAACAAAGCGCCCUUAAUGAUAUUCAUGAAAGGGGACAGAGAUGCGCCACGUUGUGGAUUUUCCAAACAACUUAUCGCAAUAGUGAACGAGCUUGGUCUUCCGUAUCAAACAUUCGACAUUUUGACUGAUGAAGAAGUUCGCCAAGGCUUAAAAACAUACUCCGAUUGGCCUACAUAUCCCCAAGUUUAUGUUAAAGGGGAACUUAUAGGUGGUCUGGAUAUAAUUAAAGAACUGAAGGCUAACAAUGAAUUGGAGCAGACGUUAAAAGGCGAAUAAUGGUAAAGACAACAAAAAUAUUUUCAUACAAACUUGUGAGACUAUUAUUUUUACAAAUAAACGAAUAAUUAUAGGAAACUAA